AGCUCUCGCUUCCAUGGUGACGGAGCCCAACCGGAAGCCCAACCGGAAGACCAACAGUCGCUCUUUUCGAACCCUUUUACCCGGGAAAACACGCCGACUAGUAGGAGUUUGUUGUUGUUGUUGAUCAACAAAACCGUUUUAACGGAGAACGACGCGGAUUCUACUGCGACGUUUACGUCAUUUACGUAGCGUCGAGGAAAAACCGUCAGGAAAGCACGUGUCGACAAUGAACAACAACGCGGAGCGGAAGUUCGUGAAUCUGCGGAAGCGUCUGGACCAGCUGGGCUACAGGAACCCGCUGGGGAUAGAGUCCCUCCCGUUGGUGGAGAAGCUGUUCAGUGACCUGGUCCACACGACCGAAAGCCUGCGCAACGCCAAACUGUCCGCGGGGAAGACCGAGAAAGAAACCCGGAACGUCGAAGCUUUUCUGGAGCCGUACAGGGCGGAGAACGCCCGAGUGGUCCGGGAGAACAACGAGCUGCACCUCGAACUCCUCAAGCUGAAGGAGGAGAAGGACCGCGUCGGCAAAGAGCUCAAGACCCACAUCAGAAAACUGGACCACGAGACGUCCGACCUGAAGUUUUUAAAUAACCAGUAUGUGCACAAGGUGCGCUGCCUGGAGAAGGACGGCAAGGCGAAGGCCGAGCGCAUCCAACAGCUGCAGGAGAAGAACAUGCAGGCGGUGGUGCAGACGCCAGGUGGAAAGAAGCGCAGCAUCCCGUUCCGCCGCCAGAGGAUGCAGAUCGACGAGCUCGUGCCGACCUCCUCCACGUCGGCGUAUCCGGUGUCGCAGCCCGAUGAUCCGUACAUCGCCGACCUGCUGGAGAUGGCGGACGGAAGAAUUAUCGAGCUGCAGGAUGACAUCCUGAAGGUCAAACUGGACCUGGACAACGCCCAAGAGCUCAUAAAACGCCUAAACUCACAGGUGGAGGAGAGGGACAAAGAGAUCGAGCGCAUGAAUCGAGCUCUCCGCGGAGGACGGCCUCACGACGUGAUUUCCCUCGAGGCUCAGAACACCAGCAACGAGAAGCUGAUCGCCCACCUUCACCUUCAGAUCGAGUACCUGCAGGAGAGCAACCGGACUCUGGAUCAGAAGAUGGAGGCGCUGCAGCAGACCAAGCGGGACGCCUCCUCCGAAGUGGCCGACCUGUCCCUGAAGAACCUGGAGCUGUGCGACGAGCUGACGCACAUCGACGGGCUGGCCAAGCGGCUGGAGAUGGACAAGGAGCACGUGUUGGAAACCGCCGACAUGGAGCUGCACCAAACCAAAAAAGACCUUCAAAGGCAACAGAAAGUCAUCGAAGACUUGGAGGAUAUUAUCACAAAAUUAAGAAGGGAGCGGCCCCAUGCCGACUUUGAGAAAGACCGCCUCCGAGACCAGCUGGUGGAUCUCAAGGAGCAGAACGAGAAGAUGGAGGGACUGGUGCACUUCCUGGAGGAGGAGAAACUCAGGCUGCAGGACAAAGUGGAGAAAACGAUGGCAGCGGACAAAGAGCUGGUGCUGGAGCUGGAGGCCAUGCGGGCUAAACACGGCGUCUGCGGGAGGGAGCGCUCCCCGUCGCGGCUGGACGCGUUCGUCCGGAGUCUCGAGGAGGAGAGGGACCGCUAUCGCCGGGAGGCCGAGCGCUACAGAAGAGCCGGGGGGGCCGGCGGUCUGGAUUCGAGCCCCACUCGGAGUCCUCCGUCCAAAGCCACGAGGGGCGGCGCUGCGGAGACGGAGCUGCUGCGUGUGGCGGCGGAGAGAGACGAGCUGAAAGCGGCCCUGCUGGACUUCGAGGAGCACAUGGAGGACAUCCAGCGCGACGUGAAGGCCCUCAGCUCGGAGAGGGACCGCUUCAGAACCCUCUUUGAACAAACCCAGGAGGACCUGAAGAUGACCCAGGAGGACCUGAAGAUGACCCAGGAGGACCUGAAGUCGGCCCGGAGGACGGACGCGUCGGGCGACCUCGCGGCGCUGAAGGACGAGCUCCAACGGGCCGAAAGCAGAACCCGGCACCUGGCGGCAGAAAGAGACGCGCUGGCGGAGAGAGUGAAGGUUUCCCAGAAUGCAUCUCUCUCAGACCGGCAGGCGGAGCAGAGGAGGAUCCUGGAGCUGGAGAACGCCGUUCAGAGUCUGGAGCGCGAGAGGCUGGACCUGCGGUCGCAGGCGUGUCUGCUGAAGGAGAACCGGGAGGCUGCCGAGGACGAGCUGAAGGUCCGGUCCGCCGCUCUGGUCCAGAACGCAGAGGAGGUGUCCCACCAGAGGGCGGAGUCUAACGCUCUCAGGCUGCUGCAGGAGCAGAUGGAGCAGUCGCUGUGUGACACCCAGCGCCGGCUGUCUGUGAAGGGGAGCGAGCUGCAUGCCGCCCGCCAGCACAUCGUGGAACUGGAGGAGACCAUAGCGGCGCUGAGUCAGCGCGGCUCCAAGCACCAGGACGAGGCGUCCGGCCUCCAGAAGUCCAUCUCGGCUUUGGACCGGGAGAAGGACGCUCUGCAGGACGAGGUGGACGAGAAGACGGAAACCCUGGUGUCUCUCCGGGAGGAGCUGUCUAAGAAGGAACAGACCCUUGAAGAUGUGAGACUCACACUCACCAACCUGGACAACUCUCUAGCUCAGCUGCAGGGGGCGCUAAACAGCCGCGAGCGGGAGAUCUCCAGCCUGAGGAGGCAGCUGGACGGCGGUCACGAGGAGCUGGCCGCGCUCCGGAGAGACAAGGAGGUCACGGUCCGGGAGAACCGGAGGCUGCAGGACGACCUGGCGACGAUGACCAGAGAGAACCAGGCCGUGCACGGAGAGAUGGAGGAGGCGCUGCACGAGAAGGACGAGCUGAAGUUGAGGGUCCACUCGUACAUUUCCGAAGUGUCCCGUAUAGAGAAAGUGAUGGCCGCGAAGGAGCAGGAGAACCGGGACCUGCUGCAGCGCUUCCGGUCGGCCCACUCGGAGGUGGAGGAGCAGGAGCAGAAGUUGCAGCAGGCCGAAGGCCAAAAUAACUCCAUCCGCCUGGAGCUGCUCUCCUCGGACACGGAGCGCAGACACCUGCGCGACGCCGUCGGCCACCAGGGGAGAGAGAUCCAACAGCACACACAGGCCCUGCAGGCCUACGAGGCCCAGGUGUCGUCGCUGCUGCGCGGGAUGUCCCGGCUGGAGGAGGAGGCGCACAAGACGCAGGGGGAGAAGGCGGCGCUCCUCUCGGACCUGGCGUCCGUCAGGGAGCUGUGCGUCAAGCUGGACUCCGGCAAGGAGCUCGCGGUGCGUCAGCUCACCUCCAGGAGCAUGGACCUCGAGAGGGUCACAGGAGAACUGGAGGAUGUGCGGUCGGAGGCGGAGCUUCUGAAGAAGCAGCCCAGCGAGCGGCUGACCGUCCGUAACCUCGAGACUCUGCUCUCCUCCAAUCGAAACAAGGAGUUCCAAACCCACCUGACGGCCAGCGAGAGGGAGUCGGAGCUGAAGGUCCUGCGCGCCCGGCUGACCCUGGCCGACAGCAAAACCGUGGAGCAUGCCAGGGAGGUGUCGCUGCUCCGCGGCAAAGUCUCUCAGCUGCAGACGGAGAUGGACGUUCUGAAGAGGCAGCUGACCAGCGAGCGCUUUGAACGUGAGCGGGCCGUGCAGGAGAUGCGCCGACAGGGCGUGUCCUUCUCGUCGCUGCAGAGCUCGUUGUCCCUCGACGCCGCCGGCGGUUCUCGUCACGGCUCCCCGGAGCGCUCCAUCCUCCGGACUCUGAGCCGCUCGGCCGACAAGUCGGCGGACAAGAGCGUGAGCUUCAAGGAUUAACGACUGGAGAGGCGGACGAGUCCAAUCAUCACGUCUGAUUCCUUCUGUCCAACUUCUCGUCGACUCGACGCUCCGCUCUAAAGAUCAGGAGCAACUUUUAUAACCUCGUAUACGUAGCAGCAAGAAAAAGUAUUCGUUUGUGUACGUUUUUUAAAUUAUUAAAUUAUUCAAUGAAAUAAAAGCAAUACAAAAAGCGAUUUGCGUCGCUAAACUUGGAA